CCCAAGGAAACGGACGCCGUCUAUUCCUCUCUCCCGUCCUUCUCUUCCAGUCGGUCUUCCCCACCCGUCCUCCAGCUCGAAGGAAAGGCCGGAGAACCCUAACCGAGGGCGAGCGCCGCCGCCACCGUGGUCGAGGGUCAGGCAGGCGAGGGUGGGCGCAGGCGGGCCGCAGGCCGUAGGCGCGCAGGUUUUCUUGGCGACGAGCGCAGGCCCGGGCGCAGCCAGGCGGCCUCGGCGGCGCGCAGGCGAGCAGGCGGCCUUGGCCUCGUUUGCAGGCGGGCUAGGCGGAUGGAGGACGACGACGGAAGGGUUGCACUGUUCGCGCUAGAAAUAAAAGUGGAAGGAUUCUGUAGCAUAGACUCUGUUGGUAGAAAAGCUUACACAAAAGGUCGUGUGCUUAAGUGGGAUGUGGAGUUAGGCUUGUUUUCCUUUGAGCAGUUGAUGACCAGAUUGAACAAUGCUGUCAACUGGUCUCCUAGCCAGUAUGCUGUGCUUUGGUUUCCUGACAAAAGGUUGUCUAAAGAUGUCAGACUAGAAAACCAGCUUAAGAUGGAUGAAAUGUUUGACAUGUAUAAGGAUCAGAUGAAAUGCCAAAUUAUCGUAGGAGUGUUUGACAAUAGUGUUUCCCAUGUUGAUGAAUUUGAUGAAUUUGAUGAUCUUGAGCCUUUAAGCUUCCUUUCUCCUGAGAUGUGCAAUGGCAGCCUACAACUUAGCAAUUUGAUCCCAAAUCCAGCUGUUCAUAGUGCUAACCAGCCAUCUAGCAGUAACCCAAAUGUUCCCUUGGAGGCUGAAGUUCUGCCUCAACUUGAGCCUGACAGGGAGCCUGACAUGUUUGACAAUACUGAAGAGUAUGUUGGCUAUGAUGAUGAGGCAAUGUACAUGACAUUAUCUCCUACACAGCCAUCUAGCAGUGCAGCACCAUCUAGCAAUCCACCUCCAUCUCAUGUUCAUGUUUAUGAAAAUGCUGAUGCUAUUCUUGAUGAGACAGAGGUCACUGAUGCCGACCCUGAAGAGAUCCAUGUUAUCCAUGAUCCAGAGAACCCCAAGAUUGUGAAGGGAGAAUUGUUUCCUGAUAUUGUAUCAUUCAGGAAAUCUAUUAGGCACCAUGCUGUGAAGAAAGGGUUUGUGUUGACGGGUAUAAAAACAGACAAAACAAGGUUUCUUGCAAAGUGCAAAGCAGAUGGCUGUCCUUGGCGCAUACAUGCAUCCAGAUUAUAUGAUAACAAGACAAUACAGUGGAUCAUCAAGCUGAUAAGUGUCCAAGUACAAAAUUUACAGAAAAUAAGAUGGCCUCUCAGGACUGGUGUGCAGAUAGGUUAUCAGAUUGGUUGAAGAAGAACCCAACAAAAGAGCCAACAGAUUGUAAGGACAAGUUGGAAGAAGACUAUGGCAUCAAGCUGAAGUAUUCAAAGGCUUGGUCUGGUAUGAUGGCUGCCUUAGAUAAAAUUCAUGGUAAAUAUGAAGAAAGCUUCCAAUUGUUGUUCAAUUGGGCUGCUCAAAUAAAAAUGGUGUCACCUGGUAGCAUUGUAGAGGUAGAAGUAGAAAAAAUUGGUAAGAAAUACAGGUUUAAGAGGAUGUUUGUUGCCCUCAAACCUUGUAUUGAUGGAUUCAUUGCUGGUUGUAGACCAUUUUUGGGAGUAGAUGCAUCUAGUUUGAAUGGUAAAUACAAAGGGCAAUUGGCAUCAGUAACCAGUGUAGAUGGACAUAAUUGGUUGUAUCAUGUAGCAUAUGGUAUUUUUGAUUCAGAAACUGAGGAAAACUGGCAGUGGUUUUUGGCACAGCUGCAUAGAGCAAUUGGGGAUGUACCAAAUCUAGUAAUUUGUUCAGAUGCUUGCAAAGGUCUUGAGAAAGCAGUUGGAGCAGUUUUUCCAACAGCUGAAAACAGGGAGUGCAUGAGGCAUUUGUACCAGAACUUCAUGAAGCACUACUCUGGUGAUGUUUUUACAGACCACCUGUAUCCUGCUGCUAGGAGUUACACUGAUGGGUUGUUCAACUGGCACAUGAAUAAGAUUUAUGAGUUUGCUCCAGAUACUUUGACAUACCUUCAGACUUAUCACAACAGGAAAUGGUACAGAUGUGCUUUCUCAGAACAAAGCAAGUGUGAUUUCUUGACCAAUAAUGUGUCUGAAAGCUUCAAUGCACAGGUGAAGAAGUUCAAAGGUUUAUUGUUACAUGAACUUGUUGAUAGGAUAAGAGAGCUUAUAAUGGAGAAGAGAUAUCUGAGGAAGAAAAUUAGUAGAGAGUGGUCAGAUGGAAUCCUCCCAGGUGUGAUGAAAGACUUGAACUUGCUUAGCCAUAACAUAAAGUUGGUGAAGAUACAACCUUGUGAUGAAUAUGUGGCUGAAGUGACUAUUAGGGAUGACUGGGGGAAUCAGAGGAGGAGGACAGUGGACCUAGAGAACCACAAUUGUGGGUGCAGGGAGUGGCAGGUUACAGGGAAGCCAUGCAAACAUGCUAUACCUUGGAUACUUGCUAUAACAUGUAAAUAAUUGUUUUUUCUUUUUUGCUUGACUUAACCAAACACUUGUGUUUCAAUUGCAGGAAGAGGCCAACUCAAGAUGAUGCUGGACCUUCACAACCCAAGAAAAAGAAAGCUCCUAAGAAGAGUGUUGUUGCCCAGAAGAAAAAGAAGACCCCGGUCAAGAAGAAGUUGAUGAAGGCACAAGCUAACCCACCACCAGUUGUUGCCACCAGCUUGAGGCAGCUGAUUUUCAAUGAGCAGUGAGAUAAUGUGCAACACUAUGUAAUUUGGGCACUUUUGGUAGUGCCACUUUUGGUUUCAUGAGUACUGUAAUGUGCAGCACUAUGUAAUUUGGGCACUCCUAAGUACUGUAAUGUGCCACUCCUAAGUACUGUGAUGUGCUACUACUCCUAAGUACUGUAAUGUGUGGAUGCCAACUUGGUUAUCUAUGAAAUUUGGGUUGAACUCUAUUAUUAUCA